AUGCUCGCCAUAUAUCGGACCCUCUUUACGAGCCUCCCUAGUCUUUUAAAUAUGUCUGGCGACCCGCCCAUGAGCUGGGCUCAAAUGGCUAGUAGAAACAGUUCCACAGCAGCACCAAAUGGAACCCAGCAAAACCAGCAACCAUCUGCCUCACGUACGGAAACCAUCAGGCCAGAAGCACAGCAAAGUAUUCUGCCGCCCAAACGGCGUGCUCCUUCACCAUCACAUGUCCCUCAGACAGUCGGUGAGGAUGAGAACCUCUAUGUGUUGACCUUGAUCACCGACAAGCCUCUCCACGAACGGAUGACCGACCUACGAAGGAGGUACUUUCCAAAGCGGAUCAACAAGCUCGCGGCCCACCUGACAUUCUUUCAUGCUCUUCCAGAAAGCAGACUGGACAGCAGCAUAAUUCCUAUCAUCAAGGAUGUGGCAUCCAAAACAGCUCCCUUCAAGGUCCAAGCAGAUGAGCCGUUCCGCAUGAAGAAAGGGUUCGCCAUUUCUGUCUCGCACCAGGUCGGAGGUAGGCAAGCGAAGCAGAUUCAUCAACAGCUGCAGCAGCCUUGGAAGCAUGAAGGCUUCCUCAGUCUGCAAGAUGCAGGCGGCUGUCGCUUGCACUACACGCUCAUGAACAAAGUCGACGACGAGAAAGAAGUUGCGAAAGCCUUUGGCGAACUCACGGCGAGCUGGAAUGGAGACCAGGGUGUUGCAGAAGGUCUGGCCUUGUGGAAAUAUGAUCGAGGAUUCUGGCGGUGGGAUCAAAAAUUUGCCUUCCAUGGCUGA